AUGGGUACUGCCGCGGGGUCGAUCCACCUCUGGGAUGUUGCUCAGUCGGUGGCGGAAGGAGAAACAGAGGAGGAGCCCGGUGUUUUGGUCCAGCUGUUGGAGAGUCCCCAGGAGAUCAGCGCGCUUGCCUACUCGCCUUGCGGUACCUGGAUCGCCUCUGGCAGCAUUGACAAGACCGUUCGACUCUGGCAUCGCCAAUCGGAGGAAGAGAACACCUGGUCGUGUGUGUCUGUGGUCCGUGGGUUCUUUGGAUGUAUUCUGGAUGUCAUCUGGAACCCGGUUGUGCCGAUGGAGUUUGCGACGGCUUGCAAGGAUGGGUCUGUUCGCGUGUGGGGCGUGUCGCCGGGAGUUGGUGGUAAAAAUGUGAGUAAGGAGGAAGGGGUUGAGGUUCAGUACCUGUGGGGCACUGAUUUAGGGAUCUUGUGUGCGGCGGAUAUGAAAUUGGAUGGAGUUGAGGGGCUUGACUUGAUGAACCGCAAGCUGUUGGUUCAACGCGGUGCAGUUGAGGUUUUGGAGGCGUGA